UCAAUAACGCAUUCGUAUUCCACGUGAGCCUUAAGGACUUUCGAAAAGACGAGUGUCCCUGGAGGGCCAUCGGUUCUCGAAUGCUUCUCCAGCUCCUACAGAAGAACGGAAACAUUAACCUCGACGAUAUUAACGCUGGGUGGGAUGCACCAAGCCCCAGUAUGGUGAUUAAGCUUCUCAGGGCUGGGCAUUCGAAAGAGAAAACGGUUGUUAUCGUUAUCGACAAUCUACACAAGAUCGCUGAAGUCCAGGGGAGAAAUCGGAUGUCUAUGACCAUUUGGUCACUAAGGAAUCUUCUAUUCGAGUCCCAAGGCUUCACACUUGUCUGUUUUAUUUCUGCAAUAUCUGAUCCCCUCGAUCAAUCGUUCUUUGGGUCACUGAUGAUAGCCUUGCCGUGCAAUCCACCCGAGUUUACCAGAAGGCUGAAAGAAGGCGCAAACACUGAAGCUGAUGAUAUCUUUGGAAAAACCGAUGCAAUGUCAUACUGGCAAUCGGAGAGAUAAUGAAGAUCGCUCGUGGUCAUGUUAGCAGUGCAUGAAAGGUGAGAUGUACACUCUUUAAUAGCCAAUCACAUAGUCAGAAAUCUAUUGGUUUUCCUGG